AUGACGUCAGUUUCUGAUGCUGUGGAUGCACUUAAACCUGAGCUCUGGACAUCCUCCCUGAACGAGGCAAUGUCGAUCUACGUCACAGAUACCAAGGGUACUGCCAGCUCAUUCAAACCAGCGUUCACAUACCCCAUCUUUGGCGAAGCAGAGUCUAUUUUUGGAUACAAAGAUCUCCAAAUCCUAUUGUGUUUCGAUGCCGUCACGUGGCUCCCGUUUCUUAACGUCAAAUGGUCUGCAGCAAUGCCGGACGUUGAUACAGAUGUGAAACAGAAGAUGUUGGACCAACUACCAGCCCUGGCUGUGUUCAAGGAUGAAGGUAUAUGGAGAGACCGUAUUGAGCAGGAACAGCGUGAUUACGUCAUUCCAGGCUCGCAAGUCGGAGAAACUUGGAAACACCAACAGCAGGAUUGGGCUCUCUACAAACUUGACCUCGCGUCUGCUGCCGGAUUGGAACUCCACAAACGUCUUCAGAUUCUUGUGCUUUUGUUUAUCGAGGCAGGUACGUACAUCGAUGCUCUGGAUCCAUUGUGGGAAGUGUAUGUCAUGUACAACGUGACAGACCCUCAAUUACCGGAAAUUGUGGGAUUUACAACAGUUUACAAUUAUUGGAAGUAUCCGGGCCACACUAAAUUUGACGCCGGAGCCAUUGAAACCAGAAAAAAGAUUUCUCAAUUUGUGGUUCUUCCCAUCUUCCAAGGCCAACAAUUGGGUGGCCAAAUGUACGAGCGUCUUUUUGAACAAUGGCUUGCUGACCCUGAUGUGGUAGAGGUCGUGGUAGAGGACCCGAACGAGAGCUUUGACGACUUGCGUGACCGUGUCGAUUUGACUCGCCUCCUUACUAGCGGACAUAUUGACCUUCUGUCCAUUUCCAUUGCCACAGUUACAGCUCCUGGAUGGUUUGAAGAGUUUAAGAAGAAGGAGAAGCUCGAAAAAAGACAGCUUCAGCGCCUUUUGGAGAUGAUCUUCUUGCAACAACGUAAGGAUGGUUUGGGCAAAGAGUCCGCGAAGGCUAUCCGUCAAUUCAUCAAGCGCCGUCUCUAUGAGAAGAACCACGAUGCGUUGGUUGAAAUGGACGAGCCUACACGUCUUGAUAAGCUACAGACAGCAUAUAUGGCGCUCGAGGACGACUACAUGCGUGUAUUGGCCGCUCUCCGAUUAAAGAAAAGAAAAGAGAGUGACACGAAACCUAAAGCAAAGAAGCAGAAAAAGUGA